UUUUCUCAUCUUACCAAACGCUUAUAAAUGACCCCAUAUCACCCCCAAAAGCUCCCUGCAAACACCCAAAAAACUCUUGAGAAAUGUGUGAAAGCUUCAAGAACGAGUACCAACUUUGCGAGGAGAUCGGCCGAGGACAAUUCGGCAUCGUUUACCGGUGUUUUUCCCCUUCGUCUCGUUCAUCUUUCGCCGUUAAAUCCAUUGAUAAACGCCUCCUUCUUGACGACGAUAUUGAUCGUCAAUGUCUUGAUAAAGAACCUAAAAUCCUUCAAAUUCUUUCUCCUCAUCCUAACAUUCUUCAGAUCCAUGACAUUUUUGAUUCUGAUAAUCAUCUCUUGAUUGUCACAGAUCUUUGCAAGGAAACUACACUUUAUGACCGUAUAAUUUCCUCCGCCCCUUUCUCUGAACGCGACGCUUGUUCUCUUUUUACCCAGAUUAUCGACGCUCUUGCUCAUUGUCACCGCAAUUAUAUCUGUCACAGGGAUGUAAAACCGGAGAAUAUAUUGUUUGAUUCAAGAAAUAGGGUGAAAUUGUGUGAUUUUGGAUCAGCUGAGUUGUUCGGAGGUGUUGAAGGAAGAGAGUUAAUGAAUGGAAUUGUGGGAACUCCAUAUUAUGUAGCGCCAGAAGUAUUAGCAGGAAGAGAGUAUAAUGAGAAAAUAGAUGUAUGGAGUGCUGGUGUUAUUUUGUAUAUCAUGUUGGGUGGUGUUCCUCCUUUUUAUGGUGAAACUGUUGAAGAAACUUUUGGUGCUGUUCUUCGUGCUAAUCUUAGAUUUCCCACUAAAAUUUUUCGAUCUAUUUCUGCUGAAGCUAAAGAUUUGCUGAGGAAAAUGCUUUGUAAAGAUGUUUCUCGCAGAUAUUCUGCAGAACAAGUUCUAAGGCAUCCAUGGGUUACAAAUGGAGGAAUGACAAAUGAAAUGAUAUGAAAUGCUAACAAAAAGUGCAAAGUUUCUAUGAAAUUCUUGGUUGAGUAUUGUAAAUAGGAGAACAAAAUGGGAUCAAGAUGAAAUUCCAUGGCGGAUCGAUGGUUCUAGAUUCUUCUCCAGUUCGGCAGUUUUUUUAUCACUUAUUUGCAAGUUUUGAAGACUUCACAAGAAAAACCAAAAAAAAAAAAAAAAAAAAAAAACCAAAAGAAUGAAAGUUCCUCCUACUUAUCAUGGAUGGGAAGAAGAAUUUGAAGUCAAGGCAAUUUGGUUUUUUAUACAAAAUAGACCGAGAAAAUCAAAUCUGAGAUCAAAAUUGAUUGAGCUUAGAUCAAUCGCACGGUUUAGACCGUGUUAGAGUAGUAAUUAGUAUAAUAAUAAGGAAUAAUUAUGUUUAGGCCUCCAUAAAAGCACUAAGUUUCCCAUUUUGCCCCUUUUGUUAUUUUGUACACUAAUAAAUGGAGGCAAAUUUGAGAGAUUUUAUUAAUUUUUUAUUAAGUGCAAUUUUGUGGAUGUAAUGUAAAAAAGCCAAAUUUUGAGUUUGUACUAUCUAGAGUACUUAUAUGGCCCAUAUCUCAUUUUCAUGUGAUUUUUUACUACAUAAAUUCAAAACAAUUAUUAUGGUGGUUUAUCAAUUAUCAUAUACCACAACUUUCA